AUGACAGAUGCAGUUGAGGAAGACGUCAAAACCCUGAACAUCGUGGGCAUUGAGUGGGUAAACUUUUGGUUGCCGGAGUUGCUAAGAAUGAGAGCAGAAGUAUGGAGUGAUGCCUCUGGUGGUCUCCAUGGGUAUGUUUCCUUAAACCACACUGGUGUCAGUCACACAGUCUUCCACUUGCUGGGCAUCCCUGGCCUGGAGGACCAGCACAUGUGGAUUUCCCUCCCUUUCUUCUUUUCGUACGUCAUUACCCUAUCUGAGAACAGCCUUCUCAUCUUCAUUAUUGUGACAAAGCACAGCCUCCAUGAACCUAUGUACCUCUUCUUCUGCAUGCUGGCUGGGGCAGACUUUGUCCUCUCCACAUGCGUAGUACCUCAGGCCUUGGCCAUCUUCUGGUUCUGUGCUGGGGAGAUCUCCUUGAAUCGUUGCAUCACACAGUUCUUCAUUACACACAGCACUUUCAUGUCUGAGUCAGGGACCUUGCUGGUGGUGGCAUUUGACUGCUACAUUGCCAUAUGCUUCUACCCACUGAGAUACACCACUAUUCUUACACACACACUGAUUGGGAAAAUUGGUGUUACUAUCUUUCUGAGAAGUUAUUGUAUGAUUUUCCCCAUGAUAUUUCUUCUGAAAAGAUUGACUUUCUGCCAAAGUAAUAUAAUUCCACACACCUGUUGUGAACACAUUGGCUUGGCCAAAUAUGCUUGUAAUGACAUACAAGUAAACAUCUGGUAUGGACUUGUUAUAAUGUCAACAGUGGUCUUAGAUGUCCUAUUAAUUUUCAUUUCCUACACACUUAUUCUCCAUGGUGUCUUCCAUGUGCCUUCCCAAGAUGCUUCCAAGGCUCUCAACACGUGUGGCUCUCAUGUCUGCAUCAUCAUCCUCUUUUAUGGGCCUGCAAUCAUCACAACGCUUACUCAGCAGUUUGGAAGCCAGGUUCCACCUCAUAUUCACAUCUUGUUGGAUAAUGUGUGCAUUCUGGCUCCACCUAUGCUGAAUCCCAUCACUUAUGGGAUCAAGACCGAGCAAAUUCGAGAGCAGGUAGCGCACAUAUUUUUUCCAAAUGCAGAAAUAACUUUGGAGGAGGAACAGUGUUUUCAGCAUCUCUAG